CCGGCCGAGAGGGAAGCGUCUGAAGGAAAUGCGAGCUUGUGAUUUCGGAGCGCCCCAGCCAUCAGCUCCCUCCGCACCGGCUUUGACUUUCGUUUAGCGGGGGGCCGCCUUGCCGUCUCGUCGUCUCCUCGGCAUCUCGGGCUGCGGGACCAGAUCAUUUUGCACUUCGUUAAACGAGCAGCGCGGUCUUUCUUUUUCUUUUUUUUUUGGUUGUUUUUUUUUUUUUUCCAAGAGACAAAGGGUUUAAAAAUGGUCCAGCCUGCUUAGCCCAAUGAUUUCUUGCGUGGACGCUCUAUUUUUAAUAUUUUUUAUUAUUAUUAUUUUUGGACGGGGAAGGAUUGAGUAGAAGAAAUCCUUCAGUGAGGGAAACCCAGCGCUUUACUCCCUGUUGUGGAGAAGAUCCGAUUCCAGCUGCAGGCGGAGGACCGUGGUUCGUGUAGGUCUUUCAGUCUCGCUUUCGAAGCGCUAGAUAUUGAAGGGUCAGAGCAGAACUGCCUUCUCCCGAGCGGCUUGCCUGUCGUGGUUGUGGCUCAGAGAUCGCCUCCCCCCUCCUCGCACCAUUUCUGUUGGUGUUGUUUUUGUUUGGUUGGUUUGGCUUUUUUUUCCCUCCCCUUCCCCCCUUUUUUCUCCCCUUUUUAAUUUUUUUAUUAUUAUUAUUUGAUUUGAUUUGGGUGAAUUCCCUCCCUCCCUUCCUUAAACGAAAAUACUAACUCUGAAGCCGAAAUCCAUGCCCCCUGCAAUUCAGAAGAAUCGGGUCUAAUAUGCCAGUGUCAUCUUCGCCUUGCAGUAGUCGCGAUGAAGGAAAAAUCCAAGAACGCGGCAAAGACUAGACGGGAAAAAGAAAAUGGAGAAUUCUACGAACUGGCCAAACUCCUGCCGCUGCCCUCGGCCAUCACCUCCCAGCUGGACAAGGCGUCCAUCAUCCGCCUCACCACCAGCUACCUGAAAAUGCGAGCCGUCUUCCCCGAAGGUCUGGGCGACGCCUGGGGACAGCCGAGCAGGAUAGGCCCCUUGGAUAACGUGGCCAAGGAGCUCGGAUCCCAUUUGCUUCAGACUUUGGAUGGCUUUGUCUUCGUGGUAGCAUCAGAUGGCAAAAUAAUGUACAUCUCAGAAACAGCAUCUGUACAUCUUGGCUUAUCUCAGGUGGAGCUUACUGGUAAUAGCAUUUAUGAGUACAUACAUCCUUCCGACCACGAUGAGAUGACAGCUGUUCUUACUGCUCACCAGCCUCUUCAUCCUCACCUCUUACAAGAAUAUGAAAUUGAGAGAUCAUUUUUCCUGAGAAUGAAGUGUGUCCUAGCCAAGAGGAAUGCAGGAUUGACAUGCAGUGGCUACAAGGUGAUCCAUUGCAGUGGCUAUUUGAAGAUACGUCAGUAUAUGCUAGAUAUGUCUUUGUAUGAUUCCUGUUACCAAAUCGUUGGACUGGUGGCUGUAGGUCAAUCUUUACCUCCCAGUGCAAUCACUGAGAUCAAACUUCACAGUAACAUGUUUAUGUUCAGAGCAAGUUUGGACUUAAAAUUAAUAUUCCUAGAUUCCAGGGUGACUGAAUUAACUGGAUAUGAGCCCCAAGAUCUGAUAGAAAAAACCCUCUACCACCAUGUUCAUGGCUGUGAUGUGUUCCAUUUACGAUAUGCUCAUCAUCUGCUGUUGGUGAAAGGCCAAGUCACAACCAAGUACUAUCGACUACUGUCCAAGCAUGGAGGCUGGGUUUGGGUACAGAGCUACGCUACUAUUGUGCAUAACAGCCGUUCAUCACGGCCUCACUGCAUAGUGAGUGUCAAUUAUGUCCUUACAGAUAUCGAAUAUAAGGAACUUCAGUUGUCACUGGACCAGGUUACCAUUUCUAAGUCACAGUUUUCAUGCAGAAGCUCAGUAUCUACCUCGCAGGAAACAAGGAAAAUUGUAAAACCCAAAAGUAAUAAAAUGAAAGCAAAACUCAGAACAACGCCUUACCCACAACAGCAAUACAGCUCAUUCCAAACAGACAAACUGGAAUGCAGCCAGGUGGGAAACUGGCGAUCCAGCCCUGCAGUGAACGCUGCCACCAUUCAAGAACAAAACUUCCAUUCAGAAAACAGUGAACUGUUAUACGCCCCGUCAUAUAGCUUGCCUUUCUCCUACCAUUAUGGACACUUCCCUGUAGAUUCUCAUGUCUUCAGUAGCAAAAAGCAAAUGCUGCCUUCAAAGUUUGGGCAGUCUCAAGGAGCACCUUGUGAAGUGGCUCGAUUUUUCUUGAGUACGUUGCAGACAAAUGGAGAAUGCCAGUGGCAUUAUGCCAACUCCUUGGUACCCAGCAGCCAGUCACCAUCCAAAAAUCUUCCUGAUCAGCCAGUGAACAUCAUCCGACAUAAUCUUGCACAGAGUUAUGAAGUGCCCAUAUCAAACAGAAGAUACAGCCAAGACGCUCUAUCUGACAACUUUACAAGCUGCACAGCGCCCAUGCCAGGCAGCAGAUACAAAGAAGAGAUCUAUGAUUCCGGCAUCAUGAAACCCAACAAAAUAGAAACCAGGAUUCAGCCACCUCACCACCUCAUUAAAGAAGAAAACAAGUUAGCUUUUAACAGAGACCUACAAGAAAAGAUGAGCAUUAAUGAAAGUUCUUUUUCAAACUCAAUAGCUAACUCCUUGCUGCCAAAAUCAGAGUGUUUCCAGUCUAAAGCUAUAGGACAAUUGAGUCAUCUCCUGCCGAUGCCCUCAGUAUAUGAGCAAACAAGAAGGAUUUGUAUGAAAGAACCCAAAUACGGGCAUAUUAGUCACCACGCUACAAAUCUAGAUGAACUGGACAGCGAUGAGAGAAUGACCGUAAAGCUCGAUCAUGACUCCGAAAGCGAACGUGUGAUGGACGUGAGACCCUCCGGACAAGUUCCAUUUGUGCUUCUAAAUUAUCACCAUGUUUUAGCCAAACAUGGUACAUUUCAAACUUCAUCAUGUACAGCGACAGGACACGUAGGAGAAAAUUAUGGAUACAAUUCCGAGGAAGUAAAUACAUUUAUUUACAAAAACCAAAGCCCCUCAUCAGCUUCUCCAGAAACCCACAAGGAAUCUGCACUACCCCAUUAUAUUGGAACUUCUGUAAUAAUAGCCAAUGGAAGGUGACGGUAGUAGAGGGGUAUUUACAUUUAAUUAAGAAACCAAACUAAUGAUUUGCAAAAAGCAUGAGAAAACACGGUUACAUUUACUGAGCAUAGCUGAAAGUCAAUGAGGGACAGACUGGUGUGUUCCUGGCAAGCCACGUGUAACAGUACCUUCAAGGUCAG